AUGGAUCUUAGGAAGCCUGCUUCAUCAUGCCUGGAUGUUGACCUGAGCACGCCCGCCGUUGUCGAGUGGGAAUGCAAUGAUGAGACGCAUCAUUUGGUCAAGCCUGACCCCAAGAUCGACGAUAUCAGGCUAAGGAUUCGCUUCUGUGACGACACUUCACGCGCCCUCUUCGAACUACGCUUUCCCAUGAACCUCAAAGGCAUCAAAGGCGUUUCAGACGUUUUCAUCCCGAUCCAUCCUCCCUCGAUCACCUCCCUCGACUUUACCUUUGCCGCGACUACUCCGAAUAUCGUACAGCAGAAGUUCGAUUGCACCACCCUUCGCCUAGACUUCCAAGUCAGCCGAAACCUCGAAGUCCUCGUUCCCCUCGCCGCCAAAGAGCCCCUGUCGCCAACCCGAGCACAGUCGGGCAGGGUCCUCGAUGCCGUUCGCAUGCUUUCCGACAUAACUUCCUUUCGCAUCUACAUCGAGGCCACCAAGCUGCCCAAAGUCACGCUGCAGUCCAUCAGCGAUGCGAUUCGCCAGGCCCGCCUAAAGCCUCUUCGCCAUCAAGAUGACCUCGCCAGCAUGUACCACGGCACGGGAGCUAAGGUUAUUCAACUCUGCGCUCAAGUCCAAGACGCUCCACCAUCGUACGAUGAAACCGAGCCUCCACCUCCCAUGGCUCCAAUCAACGAGAAGAAGCGACAUCGGGCCGGAAGCGAAGACGAUGCCACAAGCCAGAUCGCCCUGAUCUGGGCCGAGCUCAAGGCGACGCAAGAGCAGAAUCAACAACUCCAGCAACGAGUCGCUGCCUUGGAGAAGGACAACCAAGAGCUAAAAAGAGAAGUCGAGCAGCUACAAGCUGAUGACCACAAUACUGCAAACGUGCUGGAAGAACUUGACAGCAGGCUGCUUGAGUUGCGGGACGACCACGUGGACUUGGGAGACAAGGUCGAUUUUCUCAGGGAGCACGGAGUAGACAGCGAUGCGAUAGAGUCCUUUAUAGAGAAGGUCAAGAGUAAUAUUCUUGACGACAUCUCGACGCGUCUGUCCAGGACCUGA